AUGUAUAAGUAUUUGCGUUUCUUUACCACAGAAAAAUGUUCUACGGAUCUGUGCCGUGAGAGCCAUUCGAAGAAAUUAAAUCAGGAAUAUUUCUUACUUGCUAAACAAUUACAAAGUGCGAAUUCAAACGAAGCCAAUCACGUAAAAUAUUUAAUCACAAAUAUUCUCGUCAUAACCGAGAAAAUUAUACCCAAGUUAAACGGAAGAAAAGUGGAAGAAAAAUCGACAGCUGCAGGAAACUACUCGCCCAAAAGUGUGACAAACUUCAGUAAAACAGACAGAUCUUUCGUCGCUAGCCCUUUCAACAAGUCGAGCAAGACUUCAAAAGAUCUGAUAAUUGGACUAACACAAUCGAACAGAGUAGUGGAACCUCUUGGUAACGCAGAACUCAAGAGAGCCAUUGAGCCAUACGAAUCGACGUCCGGAAACCCAAUAGCAGAGAUAGAUCAAGGUUUACAAAACCACAGAAAUUAUGAAGCAAUUACUGCAUUUGAGACUUUGAAAUUACCUAUUUCAAAUUCUGCAUGUACUAAGAAGUCGAUAAACCGCUGUAAAGCGAUGCUCCGUAAUUCCACUGUCAAUAACUCGACGAACAAUUCUAGAUCAGUUGUAUGUCCGCAGACUGUUAUAAAAAAUCAGAAGCUACCCAUAAAAAAAUAUUGUGGUAACGGCAUUGUUCAGUCGAGCAUAAGCGAUGCUUUGAACAAUGAGAGAGUUUAUUCACUGCCAUUGUCCUCUCUAAAAAGAAAGAAGAACACUACUAGUGAACAUGCAAGAAACAAAAAGUUACAAUUGCCGGUCACAUCAAUGCCCAAUACUGUCAAAAAUCCCGCAAACGUAGUAACGAAGUCUGUAAUAAAACCGUACGAUACAACUUCACUUGUUAAGAUGAAAUCUUCCCCAACAAGAGAGCUGGGAACUGAAAAGUCAGAGAUGGUGUUUGUGAAUAGAAGCAAUGUCCAACCGACAGCUGAAGUCAGCAAGUCCAAGGCAAGGAAACCAAGAUCAAAAUCGAAGACACGGACUAGAACUUUGAACAAGAUUGGAAGAGUCAGAGUUACCGAAGUUCCAUUGGAACACACCAUUGAUUAUGCACCACUAACCGAGUCAAGGGUACCAAUCAAUCAAGAUUUGCCAUUACCUAAGAAAACAUCUUCACCGAAGCAUAUUAUUCAACUGCUUGAGGAAUUAAUCAAGUAUUCAAACCAUGAAACUUCAAUCCCUAGUAUCUAUUCUGUCCCAGUUAUCGCUCGACGUAACGGCCAUGUGGAAGAUACAAAAAAUAGUAUUUCUAAUCUUGCACCUUCAAAAGUAAGACCGGAGACCAAUAUAAGAUCUAAUUCACAGCCCUCUGAGUUUACCAUUGGCGACGACGAGGUUAAAGAAUCGACAAAGGCUUACAGCGAAACUAAUUCGAAUGAUGUUACGACAGGAUACAGUAGAACCUCAAUAUUAAACAUAGGAUGCAGAGCACACUUGAGUGGGGAUCCUAAUUCAAUGAGUUGCUUGUCUUCUAAAUAUUGCCAAGUCUCAUCGACCUCACUUGCGAGUUACGAAAUGUCAGAAGAGAUUAUUUCAAAUCAAAUUUCAGACUCCAUAUUGACGUCCGACGGUUCUCAGAAAGUUUUAAAUGAUUCCAACGAAUACUUCGAUAUCGGAGAAAAUACUCGACAAAUUUCAAACAACCGCAUCCAACGAUUCUGUGAAGAUGAAAAUAUAACAGUAAAUAGUGAUGUUAUACCUAAAAAGAAAUUUGUCAACAAACAUGCUAGGGCUUUGGAUAUGCUUAAGAAAAUUCUCAGCGAUCAUGGUGUGAGCAAUGAACGUUUAAGCAGAGCCGAAAACAAGUCAAGGGACCGAUGGGGAUUUGAUUCAAUUAGAAAAGAAUUGUCUGUGACGAAAUCCUUAGAUGCAAACCUCAUAAAUCAAGGAAAUUCCGAUAAAAUAGUUAGCAGAAUAUCAUCUUCUGACAGGAAUUUUUCACGACUGCUCGUUAGUAAACUUGCUACAUUAUCUGAAUCAGAAAGUGAUCUUCAUUACAUGGAAGUUGCCACCAUGACUUCCGUGAAGGAUUUGGACGUAAAAACAAACGAUAAUACUAAGUUAAGUAGAAUUGAAUCCAUCUUUACUAAUAAAAAAGAUGCAGAUUUGAGUGAAUUUGUGAUAGUUGAAAAUUCAACACAAUUUGAUAUUAUUUCAAAAUCCGAUAAGUCUUUGGGUGAUCUGACGAUGUCUGACACCUUGGUGUCUGGUGCUUUGCAAAGUACAAACACUUCGGUAGACAGUUCUGCGGCAUCAUAUACUUCACCAUCUACGUUCCAUUCGCCAAGUACCAUCCUAAAGGUAGUUACGCCAAAGAUAAAUGAGUUCUUAGAAUAUGAAUUAUCGAAUGACAUCAUUGAAGCUUUCAGAUUAGCUUCGAUCAGAACCGCUAAUUUAUACGCCGCUAUUGAUCUAUUAAAAAAAAAUGUACCAUCUGAUAGUAAAACAAAGUCACAUUCUCUAGCUAUUCAAAAUACUGAUGAUAUUCCUACACGCAUUCCCACCAAUAUAAAUACGUCAGCAGUUAUCGAAACUUUAUGUAAUGCCAAUCGUACGGUGCCAGAUCAUAUUCAAAACUCAAGUAAAGAUUGCAGUUCUGACAUCGGUAAUAGAUCGUUCAUUCAAACAGGUAAUUCGAAGACCAUUCGAACAAAAAUAAGCGAGCAGAUAAUGGCUACCGAAAAACCGGAAAUUGAUACUGAAUAUUCAGCGGUGACAAAAGUGCCGGAAAAAACUUUGAGCACCGUAAAAGUAGCUAAGGAACAUACAACGAAUGGUAAAUUACAAACGACAUAUAACCAUCACUUAGUUGAUUCUACUCAGCCUGAAACGAUCCCAAAAACCUGGACAAAUAAACAACCCAAAGCAACAAAAUUGGCUGGUGUGACCAUUGAUAGAAAAGCAAUCGCGGAACCACAAGGCAGCAAUCUGGGGCAAUGUAGUACCUUCAAAGGAAAAUCUAUUCCGUCUGCAGAGAUUCCUUCGGAACCAUAUUGUUUCGUGAAAGAAGCUAGUCAACUAGGUGUGAAUGAUAGAUCUAUAACUAACAAGUGCCUUGAAACGUUACACUUUGCCGGAAAAGCCUCAAAUACGGGAUCGAGACAUUCGGACACCGAGUCCAAGCCGAAAUGUUCGUUUCCAAACGCUAACACGACGUCGAAAACUGUAACGAAGGUUCAAGAUUCAAUUCCUGGAUCUCGUAUCAAAACUUUGUUAGAGAAAAAUUUGCAGCAUUUCAGUAUAGCCUGUAAUUCGAUAGACGAUGAAAUGGUUUGCGAAAGUGAAGAAGAUGACCGUUUCAUCGAGUCAAGUAAUGAUGACGAAUCGAUCAGCACAAAUUAUUCCGAUACAGCCACUUCGACAGCCUGCAUAUAUUCGGCCAAUUGCUACGUAAUUCCAGAAGUUACGUGUGUUUUAGACGAUCUAUUGAACGAAGUUGUAAAAAUCUGCGAUCUUCUGUCAUCAAAGGACCAAAACUCCGUGAACACCAAGUCAAUUCAAUGCUGUGAUCUGAAAAAAUCUCAACGAAAAUCGAAAGUCUUCAAGUGCGGAAGACGCUCGGUGCUUUGUGAAAAAUCUUGGAGUGCUGUUAGCGGUGCAAUCGUGUCCAGAGAACGUAUUCUAUAUCUCAUUUACGCAGUCAUCUGUUCAUUUGUAUUUUUCGGUCUGCAUUUUUCAGUCUAUUGUGAGCUUCAGUAAUGGUUUAAUCAGCGUUCUCCAAGCUCCUAUAUUUUAUUUACCAAGAAGGAAUUCUUGGAGGCUUGACGAUGCAAAUUCCAGACGUAACUGCAGUUGCCUAUCUGCCAACGAGGCGUCGAUC